AUGAGCUUUGACACUUUGUACAAAGUGUUCAAGGCACUACUUGCUAGUUGCAAGGCUGUUUGCCAUGAAGUAGCAACAUCGUUAUGGGAGGUUGAAGCCUCAGAGUGCAUGACAGCAUUCAAUCAGGUGCUUCACCAGGAGAACCAAAUCCGACUCAAUUUGAAGGACAAACAGCUGAAGAAGAUCAGGAACUACUUUUCUGAGCGUGAGCCCACAGAAAUCGAUGACAACAUGGAUUACAAUCAAGCCAUCUACAACAAUGAAUGCAAAAUGCUUUGUGCCAUCACCGCCCAAGCAGAGAUAAUCUCAAGACACCUGGGCUCACGUGCCAGGCAUGAAUUAUUAGCAUCUACCGGCAAAGCUCCCUACCUCCCUCGUUUUGUGGAUGCUUUGCAUAAUAGGGACAGCAUCACACGUGGCCAGGCCAGCAGCGCUCAUGCGGCAUGCAGUUGUGACAUAUCAAUGAUUAUUAUCAACUGGUACUGCCCUGCUUCGACCAUUCAAUAA